CGGAACGGGCGCCGGCGACGUGUUCUCCCCCGACGUCUCGGGUUUCACUCAAGUACCUGAAGGCGUAUCUGGAACUAUGGAUCAUGCCAGGAAAGCGAUAUUUAACAUGUUUGGAGGGGAGCCCCUCUCCUAUACCCGGUUCAGUAUGGCUCGACAGCCAGAUGGAGACAACAGUCAUGUGGAAAUGAAACUGUCUGCUGAGGAGGAGGAAGGAGGUGAAAACGGAAUGAUUGAUCAUCACCACACCCGGACGGUAACAACAAGGAACACUCAUCGGCACCUCUGCUAUUUACUGACUGGAGUAGCCAUGAUUUUUCUUAUAGGAUUUUUGACUGGUUACGUGAGUUUCCGUGGACGGAUACAGACAGCAGCAAGUCUGGAAGGUAGGGUUGGUUCAAACGACGACUCUACACCUGAGGCCAUGAAAUACUAUUCCGACAUCGAAGAGCCAGCGCCAGAGCCUGUGCUGCACUGGGGUGACCUCAGACAGGAACUGUCAGAAAAGCUCAGCGGUGCGAGCUUCCAGGAUAAUAUCAGGAGAGUCUUUUCUGCCUCCCAUGAGGCUGGCAGCACAGGAGAUGAGAGCAUAGCCAGUGACAUUCAUGAGCUAUUUAUCAAGUACAAGCUGGACAAAGUCUGGAAUGAUGAGCACUACGUGAGGCUGCAAGCCCCAGGAAGAAAUGUAGUUUCCUUGGAAGGUCCAAGUGCACCUUUGGAGACACCCAACGCUUACGUAGCAUACAGUAAACGUGGAGAAGUUUCUGGCAAACCAGUUUAUGCCCAUUAUGGCCGCGACGAAGACUUCCAUGAAGUAGAGAGAAAUGUCAACCUCAAUGCAACUGUGAUUCUUGUCAGAGCUGGAGAAAUUACUUUUGCUCAAAAGGUGGCCAAUGCCAGGAAGUGGGGUGCCGUAGGAGUCUUGAUAUACCCGAAUCCUGCUGAAUACAGGAAUCUGCGAGAAGAUGUUGCCUUAUUUGGACAUGCUCAUCUCGGAACAGGUGACCCUUUCACCCCUGGAUUUCCUUCUUUCAACCAUACCCAGUUUCCCCCAGUUGAAUCUUCAGGUCUUCCGGAUAUUCCUGUCCAAACCAUUUCUUUCUCUGCUGCAAGAAGACUGUUUAGCAUUAUGAAGGCACAAGACUAUCUGGAAACAUGGAAAGGAAACCUCCCCAGUCUUGGAAGUUCCAGCGGCAGAAAUGUGAAGCUCCAAGUCAACAAUGAGCUUGUGGAGAAGAAAAUCCUAAACAUCUUUGGUGUGAUCAAAGGUUUUGAGGAGCCAGAUCGAUACGUUGUGAUUGGAGCCCAGCGUGACUCCUGGGGCCCUGGAGUGGUGAGGUCCGGAGUGGGAACCGCCCUCUUGCUAGAGCUCGCCCGUAUCUUCUCCGAGAUGGUGAAAAACGGUGGCUACAAGCCCCGUCGGAGCGUCGUCUUUGCCAGCUGGAGUGCGGGAGAAUUCGGAGCGGUUGGCGCCACCGAAUGGCUGGAGGGCUACAGCUCCUCUCUCCACUUGAAGGCGUUCGCUUAUAUCAACUUGGAUUCAGCAGUGGCAGGAUCGCGGGACUUCAAGUUCUCUGCCAGCCCCAUGUUGAAAAAGCUGCUGGAAGAAGCUGUCACGGGAGUGAGAGUGUCGGGAGCUGACCUCCCCCGCGACUUGGCCUCCAAGGAGGUCCCAUUUCGUAUGGAUGAUGCAGGCUUUCCCUUCCUAGCAUAUUCGGGAAUCCCAGCUAUUUCGUUCAGCUUCACUGAUGGCGGGAAAGUGUACCCCUACCUUGGCACAGCAGAGGACAAUCUGGACAAUCUACUCGGCUUCUUCAGCGGUUCACGGGCUCAGCUGAACAGUAUGAUGCGAUCAGCUGCUGAAGUUGCUGGUCGGAUGGCCCUGAGGAUGACGCAUGACCACGAGCUCUACCUGGACUACAAGAGCUACGAUGAACACCUGCGCAACUUCAAUGGGGAUCUGCUUUCAUUCCGGAAAGACCUUAUGAGCAUGGGCUUGGACCAACAGUGGCUGUUCACAGCCCGUGGCGAUUUCACUCGAGCUACGACUGCCCUGACGGAUGAUUUCAGAAACACUGACCUGAACAACAAGGUUGCUUGUCGUGUCUUGAAUGACCGGAUCAUGAAAGUGGAGUACCACUUCCUCUCCCCAUACGUCUCUCCGAAGGACAGUCCUCUCCGGCACAUCUUCUUCGGCUCCGGCUCCCACACGCUCCAAGCAUUGCUGGACCACCUCCGUCUCCGGAAGACCGACCCAAGCGCUUUCAAUGAAACUCUGUUCAAGAACCAGCUCGCCCUGGCAACUUGGACCAUCCAGGGUGCUGCAAACGCCCUCUCUGGGGACAUCUGGAACAUAGACAAUGAAUUCUAAAAAAGUAGGGCCCUUAAACUGAGGUACAGCAACAGGGAACCCCUUCCUCCCCCAGUAAUAGCACCGAACAAACUCCCCUUAGCCCUCAGAGUAUUUUCAGAAACCCAGAGUAAAACCGAAGCGUAAUUCAAAGCAAGUCAGUGUCCUGACACGAACCUAGAUGUAUGUAGAUCCCACUUUUAAUAUGCUAUCCUGACCGAAAAGUCUACAAGCGAGGGCUGUUUUAGAGUGAGAAAACCAUUGUCUCCAACUUGGAGAGCACAUAAGCAAACAUAGUUCAAAUUGGCCUCAAACUCUGCUGUAGUGGAGAGUUUAAAAAAAACACAUAUUGGAGUUGCAGGACGACUUGUCAAGGCAGAAGCUGAGCCUCAAUUUCCCUUGUGUUUGAUCUUGCUAGAAAAAUCUCUUCUGGGUGCGGAAGCUUCUCCGCACACCCAAAGCCCUUUGGCCCCUGGGGUAAUACUCGUAAAUCUUGACCACGGUGUCAGUCUAGCAAGAAUUGAGUAUGUCUCCUUCUGCUUUCCCAAGAGAAACGGGGGAGAGUCCUCUCCGGACCUCGCCUGUGACUGCUCCUUUCCUUUACUCAGGAAGGUCAAGCCAAAGAGAUGACUCUGACAACAGGACUCUCUGGUCCUGUGGAACUAUUUAAAAACUAAAAUGGUCAAUGCUCCUCCUUUGGAGGGAAGUUAGAUGUACCUGAGCCCAUGUUCCGAGGCCUUUCCGGGGCCAUGGAGUCUCUCUGCUAGUCUAACAUGGAACCCUUGAUGGAGAGGCUGACUGCCUGGAUUUGGUAUUGAGGUAUUUAUUAGUUAUUUAUUUAUCAGUGACAGUGUUCACUAUAAAUGUUAUUUGUUUUCUACAGAAUAUAAUUAUCGGAGGCAGUGUCUUCCAUAAUUAUGACAGUUAUACUGUCGUUUUUGAUAAAAAGCAGCAUCUGCUAGUACAAUCCAACCAUGAUCACUGGAAUUUUUGCCGCCCGUCUUUCAAUGGCAUGCCUCAGCCCCCUCAGUUGGGAUGCUGAUUUUGCAGGGGAGGGGGCACGUUUUCCCAUCUCUCGGAGCAUAUCGUUCAAGUAUAGGUGAGGGGGGGAAGCCUCAGAAAACUGAAACGCACCUCCUCUCUGACGCUUCCACGGAAUAGCUUUAUUUGCCGGACGUCUCCAACCAGCGUCACGGGAUGUCCCGAGUGAAGCCGGAGAGCGUGCUAGUAAUAGUGGGCUAUAUUCUGGUUGUAUUUAGGCUGAGGCAAACCAUUGCAGGCUUGUGCCAAGCUGUGCUUGAAACCGCACGCACGGCAGCUGCUGUGCAAAACUUCCAGUACAGUGACGUAUCAUGAGAACUUGGGUCACAUUAUCGGGGGCAGUGUCUCCCAUAAUGUUAAAGAACAAGGUAGUUUUUGCCUACCACAGUGUUGUAUCGGGGGCAGUGACCCCCAUAUGUUGCACUAAGGGUGUCUUAAUUAUCGGGAACAGUGUUUCCCAUAAUUUUUUGUAAAUGCUCACAUGCAGUGACAUCUAUAGAGCAUGAUAGUUAGUAUCUAACAUGUAUAUUUGAACUUCUGCAAUUGUCUUCCUGUGUCCGGUCUCACUUCGUGCAAGAACUUGCUGAGCAGCUGGUGUGCGUUGUGAGCAAGGCCAGGAAGACCGUUGGCUGCCGCUACUGGUUGUGUGUUUCUGAGAGCGUUCCCUAGGCCUUGGGGAAGAGCAGUGGGCUUCCUUCGAGUCUCAACAAAUCCUGACCCUCUUUUCUCUUUUUCUGCAAAAUCUAAUGACUUCAACAAAAAAUGGCUGGAUGAUGAAUGUAUGUAUAUAGGAUUUGCUUAUGACUAGAAAGUUACUAGGCUGAAAUGUGGGAUUCUUCGACCAGAGCCUGAGUUAAACAAUCCAAAUUGUCUGUAUUAAAAUAAGUGCAGUACUGUAACUGCUGCUCCACCUUUACCUGGCCUCCAGCAUAAGAAUCUGAUUUCAUAUAUCCUUCGUUAAUGCUUUAACAGAGUUGUCAUAUUUUGGCUUUCCAAAUGCUGGCAGAGCUACUUUGAUUGCUAGACAUGGCCGUGAAGUACUGAUUUUAAGACUCUUUACUAAAACUGCUUCAUGAGGGAUUUCCAGAUUGGGGGUAUUGAAUGCUUUGUGCUGGAGAAACCUCAGUGAGCCGGACAGACAGAUAGAUGGAUGGGAAAAAAACAGUUGUGUACUCCUGCCUAAAGGCAGGCUAACUCUUCACCUCCCCUCCGCAAGUAAUUCAGUUUAGAGAGCGCCCUGUUACAUUUCAGAUCUAUUGCGUGAGUGAAAAUAUCUAGCUUAAUAACUUCCCCAUACAUGAUUCUCUCCUCCACAUUUCAUAUGGCCAUUUACGUGCCACAUCUUCACAGUGAUUACUUUCCCUGAGUGUUCAUCCCAUAAUACUGCAUGUGUCUUGGGUGGGUAAUAAAAUCAUAGAUGUAACUACUGAAUCUGACUUAACACAAUCCUCUGAAGUUCACGCGUUUGUGCUGUUCUACAAAUUCAAUUAGAAUUGGGGAUUACAAUUUUGGUGUAGUGGCUGAUUUUGGGGGUGGGGGAAAUUGCAAGACAAAACUUUCAAAUAAAGAAAAAUGAACACCUGA